AUGGCUACAUCAAAGAAGAAGACUAGGAAAUUAAGAGGUCAUGUGUCGCAUGGACAUGGACGUAUCGGGAAACAUCGUAAGCAUCCAGGUGGUAGAGGUAAUGCCGGUGGACAACACCAUCAUCGUAUUAACUUCGACAAAUAUCAUCCGGGUUAUUUUGGAAAGGUUGGUAUGCGAAAUUAUCAUCUGAGACGUAAUCGACUGUACUGCCCGACAGUUAAUGUUGAUAAGCUAUGGUCAUUGGUAUCGGAGAAUUUGCGAAAAGCUUAUGCAGACAGGAAAGAUAAGGCACCAGUAAUUGAUGUUGUCCGAGCUGGCUAUUUCAAAGUUCUUGGCAAAGGUCUUUUACCGAAACAGCCUGUUAUAGUCAAAGCGAAAUAUUUUUCACACUCAGCGGAGCAGAAAAUCAAAGCUGUAGGUGGUGCUUGUGUAUUGGUUGCUUGA